AAUUGAAGGUUAGAACCUGUUAACCUCAAUCUAUUUAUUUUUUGUUUAUUUGAAUUUUACUCUGUAAUCUGUGUUAGAAUUUUCUUUUAGAUAGCUUGGAAGAUGAGUGCAGAAGAAAAUAAUAGUCCAGGUCCUAGCAAAUCCUCUGAAGAUGUUAAGAAGAAACCGAAACGAGGGAUAAUAUAUAUUUCUUCAAUACCACCAUACAUGAAUGUAACUCUAAUACGCGAAUAUUUUGGAGAAUUUGGUGAAUUGGGAAGGGUAUACCUCCAACUUCAGGAUAAAGAAAUCAAAGGUAAAAAUCCAGAAAAAAAGAAGAAGAAGGCCGCUAAGAAUUUCACAGAAGGAUGGGUAGAAUUCGAGAAGAAAUCUGUAGCGAAGAAAGUAGCGCAGCUUUUGAACAACACACAAGUAAGCAACAGGAAAAGAUCUAUUCAUUUCGAUUAUCUGUGGAACAUCAAAUAUUUGUCGGGUUUCAAAUGGACCCAUCUUCAUGAAAGGUUAGCUUAUGAAAAGACAGCGAAGAGGCAGAAGCUCAGAGCCGAAAUUCAAUUAGCCAAGAGAAACGCAGCAUUCUUCACAUCCAACUUGAAUAAGAACAAGAAAGGAGAAUAUAUCAAUAGAGAGUAUGAAAAUCUGAAGACUGAAGAACCAACUGAAUCAGACACUAAAGAAAAUUCAUCGGAAUUAGAAAAAAGAACAGAGUUCCUGGGGUCGUUAUUCAGUUAAAGUCGAAAUAAACAUUUUUACUGUUAUUGAUAUUGUACAUAAUUACAUUUAGUGAAAGAUA